CUGGUCACCGAAAGAGAUGUGGUGGACACAAUAGCAGAUGGUAUUCGCGUGUUAAAAGUGGGAGAAAAUUGCUAUCCAAUUUUGAAAAGGACGAGCUCGGACAAAAUCAUUACAGUAAACGACCAAGAAAUUCGCGAAGCGCUCAAACUUAUCUGGACUAGAACAAAGCAAAGGGUAGAACCGUCAGCAGCGGUACCCCUUGCAGGACUUCUUAAAGCCAGCCCGGCUAAGCUGGGACUCAAGAAGGUGGUGUUGAUCUUGUGCGGAGGCAAUUUAAAAAUACCUACUAGGAUUUUUGCAACCGCUAUGCUGAUCGAUACCCAGACAACCAUGGGACAAGGUACCCGGAGAUGUUGUGGAGCACUAACUCCUUGCCAAUGGCUUUUGUCCCUUCCCAUCACUCCUAGGAUGUGCAGUGCCCUAAGCAAUCCAGCAACUCAAGGUUUGUUUUAUUUGAAGAUUAUGAUAUCACAUAAGCAGCCUUAGCG